GCCCCUUCUGAGGUUUCGUACUACCGCUGUUAUUCCUCUCUAUCUUCAACCUGCCAAUCUCAGGCAUAUAGAUCAGCCACAGUUUCACCCACCGGCGGCGGCGGCGGCGGCGUUUGAAGUAAUGGCAGGACGUGGAAAAACUCUAGGCUCAUCCGCCGCGAAGAAGGCUGUAUCCCGAAGCAGCAAGGCGGGGCUCCAGUUCCCCGUCGGCCGUAUCGCCCGGUUCCUCAAGGCCGGGAAAUACGCAGAGCGAGUUGGUGCCGGAGCUCCGGUGUAUCUCGCUGCGGUCCUCGAAUACCUUGCGGCAGAGGUACUUGAAUUGGCUGGAAAUGCGGCGAGGGACAACAAAAAGACGAGGAUCGUGCCAAGGCACAUCCAAUUGGCAGUGAGGAACGACGAGGAGUUGAGCAAACUGCUGGGAGAUGUGACGAUCGCCAAUGGCGGUGUUAUGCCUAACAUUCACAACCUUCUUCUUCCCAAGAAGGCCGCUGGCAAGACAACCGAAGAAGACUAGAUGAAUGCAGACUGAUAAGGAGCGUUUUGGAGUUGGUGCUGUUCUCCUUGUUCUCUUAGUAGAUUGGGUUCAGUAGGUUAGGUUGCUUUAGCUAUAUGUUCCCUGUCGUCUCUACUUCCCCUUUCUUAAAUUAUGUUUGUAUAAAUCUAAGAAUGAUUUGAAAGCAACGGUGUUCUUCAUUUUUGCACCUUUAAUACAAAAAAGGCCAACUUUCCUGUAGUUCAUAUGUUGUUCUUAUACAUUUUGAAGUUCUGAAUGUGGAACUCUUCUGGAAGCCGCUGGAAAAAUUUGUGGAAUAACAAUAGAAAAU